UCACAAGUUCUUCGGGAGAAGGAGUGCACAAGGAAGGCGUUUCCUUUAGAGGCGUGUGUCCCGGAUGUUAAGGUGCCCGGGGCGGAUCCAAAAUGGCACCAGGAUGUUUCCACUCAAGAAGAAUUCCCGCCUAUUUCUACAGGAUACGAGGACAGGGUCAACGCUGAUCCCAACGACGGUUGGGUCAAAGUGGAAAAUAGAAAAGUGGGAUCCCGGAGCGCGAAUAAACCCGUCACCACCGGGAAUUUAAGCGCCACCAAAGUGCAGGACUUCCCGCGCCCCGGGCCCAUGCGUUGGGCAGACGUGGCCAAAAUCGGAUGUUCCAGAGACAGUGGUGCCAGAAAUUUUACCGUGUUGGUCGGCGACGUCAACCGGACGGCCAGCUCGGAUUUCUACAAACUGACCAGUGGUCCGCGCGGCACGGAGAACCCGACCCCACACGCCGCGCACGGCGAGGGGGUCAAGGUCCGAGCAGACGACGACAGCGAGGACUGGCAGCAGGUUGCCAGGAACGCUUUCGUUGACAACAUGUCCGUCAAAGGUUCUCAAAAAGAUCGUUCUCCGUGUACCCCGGUGUCAUCCGACUGCGAUACUGACGAACUAUCGUCGACGGGGUCAUCUGAAUGUCCUUCAGCUGCAUCCAACGGACUACUGACCAGUAAAGAUCCACUCUCCAUCGUUGACGAUUUUACCCUCGCUGACCCAACUCAUAUGUCCAUGCACAAAAUGUUCCCCAGUUCAUUUUCUCAUUUUUUCGACGAAUCCAAAGACAAGAACCUUUUCUCCAUGGACGAUCUCGGUGAACCCAAGCGCUCCUCCCACGACAUCAUGAACAAACUGGCCGCCAUCAAAGACAUCAAUCACCAUAGCAACGACGGUAAACACACCUCUUCCUGGAGCUGGCUCAAGGACAAGCCCUUGGCGGAGUACCCCACCUCCUGGGACAUCACCCCGAGGUCAAGGCCACUCCUGCAGACGACCUCCGGCAAAGUUCAGGUUCAGUCGGAAGGGGAGGACAUGGAGGAGGGUAACGACGCCCAACUCGACGACCACCCCCGCGUGAAACUCUCCAGCAAAACCGACUUCUUCGACGACUUCCUACCCGAUCUUGAUAACGCGAGGUUUUCAUCCAUGACCGACGAUUCAUUUUUUCAUCGAUUCGACAAAACCAAGGCGGGGAAAUCCACGCCUGUAUUCGGGAUGCUCUCGAAGAAAGAUCUCUACGACCAGGACCUGUUCGAACUGUCCCUGCUGGCAGGAGACAAAGAGGCGUGGGCGGGGGACCCACACGAAUGGGGGAAGAAAGAAUUCCGGAUGAAACCCGAAUCUCGGGGGUUUGAGAACUCGUGGUUCGACAGGAGAUCUGACGAGGGCGCUACAAAACUCGGCCACUCGGACAACCCGGGUUGCUACAUGCCCAGUUUCGCCAGCAUGGCUGGGGUUUUAGACAACAACCCCAUCGUGACGUCAGUGGUCGAGUCGGUCCUGACCGCCCCCACCGUGACGUCACUUCCGGGUCUGGGUUUACCCGACAAGCAGCAGCCGACCUACAGCAACAAGGCGUCCGUUGUGCCGUCGCCCCCGCCGGGGUUCAAUUUCCAAAAACCCAACCCCAUGAGGGCGCUGGCGUUCGACCCCACCCUGGUUCUAUACAACUCCCAAACCCUUUUAUCCGGCAAAACGUCCAACACCCAAGACGCGAAAAAUUUAUCCAGUGACGCUCAGAUGGAUUUCGAAACCAAUCGAUCCACGGAUAAACUCAUCUUCGGCGCCACCAAACCCCGGACCCCGAUGGUGGGGGUCGUGGGACCUUUCUCCAACACCAGCACCGACUUGUCUAACUCUGACCAGUUUCACACCCAGCGUUUCCAGAACUCCACCCUACCUGUGUUCAGCCAUGCGGGUGACUUCAGCACCGGCAUGCCCAGCUUGCCCGUGCGCCCCACUAGUACUCACACGGUCUUUGGGGUACCUGUCAGCUCUACGCCAAUCUUCUCAGGAAGCAAUGCAGGCUCCAACUGUUGGCAGGACCGGACGUCGAAUGUUUGCACGGUGACGGCCUCAAACAUGACGUCAUCAAGCAGCCUCUGCGCCACCCUCGGGGACCUGACGGCCCGCCUCCAGCCCCGGGUAUCCUACCGGAUCUCCGACCAACAGCUGACCCUGUCCAAACGUCCCCAGGACAUCUCCUUCCGGACCUUCCAAGACGCCGUGGAGAGUUACCAGCGCCGUCAGAACGAGCAGUUCUUCCUGCACCAGCAGCACCAACAGCAGUUGAUGCUGGACAGGCAGCAGCAGACGGCCCAGCAGCUGUUGAAGCAGUACAAGACGGCAGCGGCCAGCUGGCAGAAGCCGCACCUCAACCUGCUGCAGCAGCGACAGCACCAGCUGCGGCAGUUCCAGCCCCGCCAGCUCAGCCCGCCCGUGCUGUUCCCGGGGAGCCUGAGGGACGAGCCCGAGCCCCGGGACGGCCUGACCCUCCCAGCCUUCCAGGACAACACCCCCACGGACCUGCUGUCUGAUCUGUUUGCUGACCCACUUCUCGUAGAAAAAAUCGCCAUCAACCAGAUCCGCCAACAGUUCUGGAGCGCCCAGGUCAACAACCUCGCUAAAGACUCCAUCAGCCCGUUCAGGGACUCUGUCUACAGCAACGACCUUGAGUACUACGCCUCGCUGUACAGGGUCAAGAUCAGGGAUGUCCUAGUAGGACCUAUCCAGACAGAGUCCUCUAGUCAAGCGGAGCAGACGCCAAGAGUCGAGACAGAUCGCCUGACUCUGACGCGGGCCUCGCGAGCUCAAGAUGGACGCCCUGGGUCACCAGAGAGGGAGAUGGUGACCACCGAGAGAUGCAGCAGACGGUGGCGUGACGCCAUCAACCGUAUCCUGGACACGCCCUGGACGACCAGACGACAGUACGGGGACAUCGUGCUGCCCAGCUCUUUGAGCGAGUACAACAUCAGUCACGUUGAGUACCCCCUGGUGCUGGGCCUGACGACGGACGGUAACGAGGUGGUUGUCCUGAUCUUAGACAAGUCCCAGGCCUACAUUGACCCUUGUCUGCUGGACGUUAUGUGUGACCCGGAGUUUGACCAUCAUUUUAUACUCAAGUGUAAGGCCAUCAGCGAGACCCACAGCAGCAUGUACGUGGCGCUGGAACUCUGCGACUACACGCUGGCCGAGUACGUCCAUAUCGUCCAGCUGUCCCACCGCCAGGACCCGCUGUCCGCCAACAGACUGGCGUGGCAGCUGCUCGAGGGCCUCAAGUUCGUGCACCACCAUCUGGGCAUGCCGCACGGGAACCUCAAGCCAUCCUGGAUAUUUGUUGACGUGGAGGGUCGACUACGUCUUGGUGGGUACGGCAUCGUGACCAGAACCCCAGAGCCGACUACAGCGGACAGAAAUGAAAUGGUCAGGUCAGCUUGCUGGACGUCAUCAGAGGAUUUAAACACGUCCCAGCCCCAGUCGUCCAAAGCCUCGGACAUACAGGUUGCCGGCAUGCUGCUGUAUUUCAUCUUGACGGGGGGCCAGCACCCCUUUGGCACGACGCCCCUGGAGGCCGAGCUAAAUAUAGCCCGCAGCAGCAGCCAGAUGCAGCACAUCAGUGAGGAGGCCAAUGACCUCGUGUCGGGGAUGUUGUUCCCCGACCCUGCGGCACGGCCCACGGUGGAGCAUUGCCUCAAACAUCCAUUCUUCUGGUCCAGCGAAAAGAAGUUCCGUCUGAUUUUGAUCGUGGGAUCUGACGUUCUGACGGAAAUGAAGACGGGAAUCGCACUUACCGGAAACGGGUCGCCCACCAUGAUGGAGAUACUGAGCGUCCUUGACAUUACAGAGGUCAGCCCAAAUUGGGUCCAGGCUAUCAACCCCACUGUGAUGAAAGAGAUGAGGUCCUUCCGUGUGUACAAGAACUGCCUGUCGGAGCUCACAUUGUUUAUAUACAACUGCUGUCUGCACUUUGAUAAAAUGUCAGCUCUAGCUAAAGAAGUUCUGGACGAUCCUUGCAAAUAUUUCCAGGGUUUGUUCCCCUCACUGUUCAUGGCCAUCUAUCGGUCUCUGAAAGCCUCGGACAGGAUUGAUAGGACCUGCUAUAAGCCGUUCUUUUAAUUUAAAGGGAGUGGCCAGAUACCAUUUAGUUGAUAGAAAAAACUUGCCAAAAACAUAAAAAAUAUUUUGUGUGAAAUAUCUGUUACAUAUCGCGAGACGUGUUUUAAAUAGAUAGGACUUGGUACGAUACAUUUCCGCAAACUUUUAUGACCUAGUAUCACUGUAAAAAAUAUUUUGACCUCUAUGUGAGCUUUCUAAAAGUAAUUUAAACAAAUUUAUCCAGUAUUAGUGAAAUAGUUUUACAUUAUUUUGAAAUAAACUGGUUGAGGUCAUUAUGAAAAACACGACAAAUGGAUUGCGAAAAAAGACAAAUCACCAUUUCAAUUCCUAAAUCAGAUUUUUUAAAAAUGUUGUGUAAAGUAGUUUAACAUUUUACUUAGUUUUAGAAUAAAAGAAUCUCUUUUAAUCAUUUAUUGAGACCUUUUUAAACUUUAAAAUUGUAUUUUUGUACAAUUUACCGUUUAAGGAAACAUUUUAAUUUGCGUAUUUUUAUUUUAGUUGUGCUUUUAAGUAAAGAAUUACUUUACGUAGGUAUAGUUUUACAUUCGUUAUACAAUUUACUAAGCAUUCACAGAAAA